AUGUUUGCGAAUUCGGUCAUUUCAGCGCAACACCACAAAGUCCGACCCCGACCCCACCAUCACAUCAUGUCCGCAGAGGCUACCGGCGGUUCACCUGUGAAGCCCGUCCUAGCGGACGGUCCCGCUCACUCUCGCAUCCCCACUCCUCCCGCUCCCGCGCUCUCGCCAGAACAACCCAACGGCUCGACGUCGUACCUCCCGACGCUCUACCCGCCCAAGGCUGCUUCCCCUUUGCCCGGCGCCCACCCCACGCCUGCGGACACUACGUUUGACCCUAUCCCUGCAUCAUCUGCGCCUGGUCCGGCAGGAGGUGACAACAUGGAUGUCGAUCGAGGGGUGAGCCCAGGCUCGGCCGGGACGAAGCGCCCUGGUGACUCGCUCUUGUCCGAAGGUGCGAAGCGUGUCAAGGAAGGUUCCGCGCGGCGUUCCCACUCUAGCACACCUCAACCGCACACGGAGGUGCGACGUUCUCCUCCGUCGGCAACUUCCCACGCGCAGUCCACUUCCUCAGCGCCUGCACCCAUGGUUCCAGGAGGAGAGUCUGCUGCGCCGGUGGACCCUAACGCCCCGCCAGUGGUCUACCCCUGGACCAACUUUGAGCCAACAAAGUAUCUGCAAGGCCCAGGACCGAUGACGCGCUGGACGCCACAGCAGCACAAAUACCUUCUGAGCUCUGUGCGCUCUAUGCUCAAGUCCAACAAUGCUGCAAACUUCCGCCACCCUGUCGACGUCGUGCUGUUCAACAUCCCCCACUACCCCAACGUCAUCGACCGUCCGAUGGACCUUGGCACUGUUGAGACAAAGCUCAUCGCCUCUGACCCCCGUGGUCCACCCAAGGAUAAGAGCAAGGCCGCCAAGUGGGACACGUCCAAAGGAACGUACUCGUCUGUUUCCGAGCUCACCGCGGACGUGCGCCAGAUCUGGGAGAACACGCGCAAGUUUAACGGCCGGGAUCAUGUCGUCUCCCAGAUGGCCUCCAAGCUCGAGGAACAGUACGAGAAGGCUCUUCGCACUCUCCCGAGCGAUGCUCCCCUUAGCGUUGCCGCAUCGUCGCCAGCUGCCGCCCAGCCUCCACGACGUCAGUCCGUUUCGCAAACCCCCACUAUCCGUCGUGACGCAGAGUCGAGCCGUCCGAAGCGCGAGAUCCAUCCUCCUCCCUCGAAGGACAUCGACUACAACUCGCCAGGCUCAUUGCGCAAACCCAAGCGCCGCAACGACCCGCAGCUGCAAUGGGCCGCACGCGCGGUCCUCCAGCUCGAGAAGACGACCAAGUACUACGACAUCGUGUCUCCCUUCCUCUACUCUGUUGCGGAGAUCAUCGCCGCCAUCCCGGCCUACACGCAGGUCAUCAAAAAGCCAAUCGACUUGUUGAUGAUCAAGCAACGUAUCGAGGACAACUCGUACGACGAUGCGUCGCAAAUAGACGCCGACAUGCGCCAGAUGUGCAACAAUGCACGUACCUUCAACCCUCCCGGCGACAGCGUGCACAACGCUGCGAACGCACUGCUGCAGAUGUGGAGCGAGAAAUGGCGCUCGCUGCCACCAAAGCAAGAGCUUCGGGAACCGAGCGAAGAGGCUGUUGCGGACGAGUCCGACUCUGAAGACGACGACAAAGAUGUCGUGCGUCUCCGCGAGGCCAAGGCGGAGCGUGUCCAGCUUGAUCGAGAGAUUGCGGAGCUCGAACGGAAGAUUGCGAACAAGCCUUCAAAGCAGCGCAAGCAGAAGGUGGCGCCCAAAGCCAAGGCGCCAAUUCGCAAGUACUCGACCACGACGAAGGCGUCGCCUGGCGGGCCUAGUGCGAAUGGUGUGCAGAAGAAGGCUCGCAAGCCCAAGCCCGAAGUCAUGUACCGCGACGACGAUGAGAGUGACGACGAGGUGCAGGCGAUCACCAUCCAGCAGCAGCAAGAAUUGGCAGACAAGAUCCAGACCGCCGAUGCCGACAUCUUGGGCCAGGCGGUCGCGAUUAUCCAGGCGACGACCAACAUCUCUGGUAACGAGGAGAUCGAGCUCGACAUGAACUCGUUGCCACCGGCGACGGUUGUCAAACUGUACAACCUUGUGUGCAAGGGGCGCAAGCGCGGGAAGAAGGUCAAGCCUCAGCCGCGCAAGAGCGGCUUUGGCGGCGCGCCUGGACGCAAGCACCUCAACGAGCAGGAGGAGGCCGACCGCAUUCGCAAGAUGGAGGCGCAGCUGCAGGCGUUCGACAGCCGUGGCCCGGCACAGUCGUUCGAGGAGGAAUCGAGCUCUGAGGAGGAGUCGAGCGACGAGGAGUAG